AUCGCUGAGAAGAUGGUGAAAAAUAAAAACAUUGGAGGGCUUCCCGAUCGCUCUCCCACGAGCAAGACAAAAAAGGCUGGCUCCAAGACUGCAAACAGCAAAGACUUGAUGCCUCUAGAUAAGCCGGCUGACCGCAGCAUCCCUGUUACUGCUCCGGAGCUCCAGACCGCCGGCCAAGCUCAGCUGGGCUUUUCAGACAGAGUCUACCUGCUGGCGUCAGUCAUCUUCCAGAAUAACCACCUGGAGAAGCCUGCUGCCCAGCGGUUGGUGAAUUACGGCAAAGAAAGAGGGCUCCCGUUACCUGAAGUCAAAGAUGAGGAGACGCAGCGUACAUCUUAUGAGCUGGCCUUCAAUACACUUAAAUAUCAAGAGCUGCUGGAGGACAUCAUGAUUGACAGCUGCUUUUACCUGACUCAGCCAAUGCCAGAUGAUCAGACGGGCCUCAUUGCCGUCAUGCUCUAUGACUUCCAGGACAGAAAGUUCCUCCCACGGGAACGCCAGGGGGCGGAGGAGAUCGUACAGGAAGUUAGAGAUGUGGAGAGCUACCUCCACAGGUUCAAAACCAAGCUGGCAGCCUCUCUGGCCCGCUGCAGGAUCAAACACGAUCUCUUGUCCAUUGAGUAUAUCCUGCCAGAGAGUGUGAAGAUGAAGCAGGAGAGAUCAAGCAGUCUUCCACUUUACGCAUGGGUCAACACACUGAAGAGCAGUGUCGAUGAGGUCCAAAGUGACCUGAAGAGUGCGGGCUUCUCGCAGGUGAAAUCGAUUGGGCAGCUGGAGGGCCAGACGUUCUGGCAGGAUCCUCACUGUGGGGAUAUACUGGUAUUCCCUGCUCAGCUGAAAGCUCAGCUGUACUCCAGCAAGCUGCUUAGCGACCACAUACUCAUCAUACAGGAUAAAUCUUGCAGCCUGGGCCCAAACGCAGUGUGCUCCCUGCUACCAGAGGAAGGAGAUGUUCUUAUGGUGGGAUGCUUCUCUGGCCUCACCGUGUCCCACACCGCCUCCCUCAUUGCAGAGAAACACAAAGCCAACAGCAAAGUUCAGCCCACAGUCUACGUUUGUGUCAGUGAUCGUACAGUCGCUCAGAGGGAGGAGCUGCAGCAGGCUGUAACCGCCAUGGGCUCCAAGAAUGUGAAGCUGAUACCGGAGGUCUUCCAGUCUUUGGACAGCAGUGACAAGCGACUCCAGAAGUUGCGUGUCAUCCUGUUGAUGCCCAAGUGUUCUGUGUCUGCAAUCAGCAAUCCGGUCGAAUUCUUACUGCAAGAGAAUGGAGACACAGAAUUGCUGCAGGACUUAUCCCAGAGCUCCAUAGCCAAGAGCAAACUGGAAGCUCUGGUAGCCCAGCAGAGGAAGGAUAUCGAUCACGCCUUGAAGUUCUCUAAGGUUUUGUCAGUGGUGUACUCUACCUGUUCAUCCUACAAAGAGGAGAAUGAGGAGGUGGUGAGCAGAGCCCUGGAGCAAGCCAAGGCCCGCUCAGAGCAGGAGGGGGAACCAAAACAAGCAAACUUCAGGCUUAGUCCAUCCCCGUUCAGCAUUCCUGACCAUGCCGAGGAUCCAAUGGAAACACAACCCUUCUUCAUGUUGGAGCCCUCAGAACAGAACAAUGGCUGCUUCCUUGCUGUUCUCAGCAAAGAGCCCGAGCCAGUGGUCAAAGAAGCACCACAUGAAGUUCUUGUCAGGGCAAAUGCCAAAGGCAUACUGGACAAGAUCGGCUCCAACCAUCUAACCAGAAAAGAGAAGAAUAGACACGCCAACAGGAUGACAAAAAUAACCCAUGCUCGCAACUCUCAGCCCCAUCUCUCCGUCAGUAUUCAUUCCAACAACCAGGGGACCAUGGGGAGCCACAGCACUACUUUGUGUGGACAGGAUUUGACUAACAGACGGCAGUCAUUACAAGGAAAAGUCAAAGCAAUGCGCCUGCAGGCCUCAAAGCACACAGUGUCCAGCUCCUUCUCCUUCUCCAAACAAGAAAGCAGCACACCCAAGAAAAGCAUCCCCCCUGUGUUAAACACUACAACCACCACCACUACCCCUCCUCCUGCUAUCCCGCUGGUCCGUCCCCGCAGAGCUCCUCAAGAGGUGCUGAAGCCCGUGCUGCUCGUCCUGCCUCCCGUUCGGUUCCCCGACUUCUUCCCACCUCAGCUCAGCCGAACAGGAUUCAGCCCAAGCUUCAACUACAACAAAUGGAGGCCCCCGGCUCAAAGUGUACCCUUCUCCCGCUCCAGUGGUGGUCUCUCCAAGGAUGCUUUGAUCAAAUCCCGGCCUCUGUUUUGAUCUCCCCAACACCAGGAGAAAUAUAUAAGAGAUUUUAACUUUUGUGCCAAAAGCUUACUUAAAUAAAGCCAGACUUGU